CAGAAUCAUCGGUUUGAACCACAAUUGUAGAAAUGGAUAAACCAUGCUUUCAGUUUUGACAAUGCCUCUUCCGAUGCCCAAUCAAUUUGCACUUCAAGUUGCAGUCAUAAUGUUGAAUAUAAUUCAACCGCAUUAACUAGUGUCCAAUAAGUACACAUAACAUAACCAACUAACCGAAAAAUGGUGUCAAUGUCCAAAUGACCACAUCACAUUCACAUCUAAGAAGAAGCCAUUUCUGAAACUCGGUAUCCUCUAAUGGCCUCCAAUCUCACCAACCUCACCAUUCCUCCUCCUCCUCCUCCUUCUUCUUCUUACCGUCCCCCAAUCGAUCCCAACCCAUCUCCACAAAUCAUCUACAGUAGGUCCCACUCCUUCGUAGGUCCCUCCCCUCUCAUCCCCCCUCCCUCCGACGACACCAACACCAACAACAACUCCCUUUUCUUCCUCGACGAACUCGCUUCCAACUCCGACGAAGAAAACGACGACCAAAUCCAACCACCCUUCCAACACAAAUUCGGACCCUCCGAUUUCCAAAUUCUCAAAGUCAUAGGACAAGGUGCCUUCGGCAAGGUCUUCAUGGUCAGAAGAAAAGGCGAUUCAGAUUCUUCCGACGACGCUAACGGAAUCUUCGCAAUGAAGGUCAUGAGGAAAGAUAACAUCAUUAAGAAAAAUCACGUCGAUUACAUGAAAGCCGAGAGAGAUAUUCUCACUAAAGUUCUUCAUCCUUUCAUCGUUCCUCUUCGCUACUCUUUCCAAACUAAAUCUAAAUUGUAUUUGAUUUUGGACUUCAUUAAUGGAGGACAUCUCUUCUUUCAAUUAUGUCGACAAGGAAUUUUUAGUGAGGAUGAGGCAAGGAUUUAUACUGCUGAGAUUGUAUCUGCUGUUUCACAUCUUCACAGCAAAGGCAUCGUGCAUCGGGAUCUUAAACCUGAAAACAUACUCAUGGAUUCUCAUGGCCAUGUGAUGUUAACUGAUUUUGGAAUGUCGAAAGAGAUUGAGGAAUCUGAGAGAUCUAACUCUAUGUGUGGGACUACAGAAUAUAUGGCUCCGGAAAUCCUUUUGGGUAAAGGCCAUAACAAGGAUGCGGAUUGGUGGAGUGUUGGUGUUCUUUUGUAUGAAAUGAUAACCGGGAAGGCACCAUUUACACAUAACAACAGAAAGAAACUACAGGAGAAAAUUAUCAAAGAGAAAAUCAAACUUCCACCAUACCUUACUGGUGAAGCUCAUUCUUUGCUCAAAGGAUUGCUGCAAAAGGAUCCAUCUACAAGGUUAGGCAGCGGGCCAAAUGGAGAUGAACAAAUCAAAAAUCAUAAGUGGUUCAGGACAAUCAAUUGGAACAAAUUGGAGGCGAGAGAACUGCAACCUAAGUUUAAACCAUCUGAUGUGUCUGGAAAAGAUUGCACAGCUAAUUUUGAUCGAUGCUGGACAACAAUGCCGCUUGAGGACUCUCCUGCAUCAACUCCUACAGCAGGUGACCAUUUUCAGGGCUAUACUUAUGUUGCACCAAAUCCGUGGCUUUCUUCUAGAUAAAACUGAAAGCAUUCAAAUCCAAAUGAAAAUGUUUAUAUGGAUUGAUAAAAAAGAAUAACCCGAAGAAGGCAAGCCCUACUGAUUUUAAAUUCUUUUUCUUGGUAAGUAACACAACACAAAUCUUUUCUCACUAAAAUGUCACCCUCUCUAUUUUAACAGUUGUUUCUAUUCGAAACGAGCAUUGUAAUGGUUUAUCUUACGAAUGAAUAUAUAGAUAAAUAGAGUUUUUAGUGACUCUGAUGUAGCUUUCAUAUUUGUAAAGGUUGGUUUAGUUCUUGUUUUGAACUAAUACUACGUGAAAACCUUUGUUCAUAUCAGCAUAAACAUAUUUGACUAGCGAUUGCUCAGUAGGGUUGUAUAUUACUAUAUUGACUUCGUGUUAGUCAAAAGCAUUCAAAUUGCUGACAGUGUCCUGUUUUUUUGACA